UCUGCUCCACGUUGUAUUCCUAGCCAAAGGAGUAGGACUCACAGUUUAUUGUUGGUGCGGGCGGUCAGUGCAUUUAAAAUCGAUUCGAAUUCGCAAAUUCGAAAGAUGUCGAUUUGUAUGAUGCGCGGAUUUUGGCGAUCUUUAGGUCCUCAUAAAGUGCCGCUCUUCUCGUCAGCGUUUGGCAUGCAGGACCGAUUGAAGCUUCCGUAUGAGCAAAAUCGUGGGUAUCCUACUCAGAAGCACCAAAAGCUGAUCUUAGCUGCUCAGAAACGUAACCGGGCGCGCAAGCUACAAAAGCUGGAAGAGACAGAAGUAGAUUUUGUUACGUCUCAAAAAUCUGCUGCUCUUAGAAAGACUGUACUCAAGAGUAAAAGAUAUGAUCCGGGUAAUAACCUUCCAUCUGAACUGCAAGAGGACGUAUAUUUUCGGUCGUGGUAUCGAGAAAAGACCUACUCGCUUGAAGAGUGUAUUCAGAUGCACCGAGAGCUGAUGCAUCCAUCGAUGUUUGACAGGAGUGACAACAUUCUUAUAGCAACUGUUGAGCUAAAUAUGCAAGCUAAAAAGAAGAACAAGUAUCUGGAUCGUUUCGAGGGCACUCUAUUAUACCCUCACGUGUUCCCAAAUAAAAGCCGUAUCACCAAGAUCCUCUGUUUCUGCCGUUCCUCGGACGAUGCUGUUAAGCUGAUGGACAAUGGAGCUGAUUUGGCAGGGGGAACGGCACUUGUGAAAAAAAUUACCGCUGGCGAAAUAGACCAUACUCUAUACGAUCACAUACUGAGUUCAGUCGACAUGAUGGAAGAGCUCUUGCCUCUGCGAAACAUCCUGAAAAAAAAGAUGCCAACCCCACAGAAGACCAUGACAAGUGACCCUUUCACACUUGUCAAACUCUUCCGCAAGUCGGUUGUGUAUGAAGCAAGGAAAGACCCAUACGAACCGGAUUACGCACAGUUCUCUGUGCCGUUGGCCCGACUAGACAUGCCUCUUGAUCAAAUCAAAGCCAAUUUGAAGUUCCUCUUUACCGAGGUAAACGAGCAUAUGCCGUCAGGUCGACCGAUUAAUUCUUUUAUCACGCAAGUUUUCAUCAGUUCACCUCCGUCACCAGAACGCUUUGUUCUAAAUAGAGACCCUUAUGAGAAGUAUAUUGCUGAGACAACUGUCGUUGCGGAAUUGGCUGGACGGAACAAGCUGGACAAACAAAAGAAGGCUAUUGUGAUUCAAAGAGACGAGACCCAAGACGCUGACGAUGAAAAGGAGGCCAAAGAAGGAAACGAAGAUGCGAACAAAACAUUCCAAACUACUUAGCAGUCCUCAAAGUAGCUAUAUAAAUCUAUUAAAAGGUUUAUAAAAAAUAAUGUAUAGCUGAUCAUAUGUACAAAAAUAAUUAUUGACUAGCUAGCAGCAUAGGCAGAAAUCCAAAAAAAUAGGACGUUGGAUACGCUAUACGAUAAAAACUGAAGUGGAACACACAUUUUUUAAUUUCUUUAAGCUUUUUUUUUUAAGUAGUUACUAUUAUGUCUCGCGAGUUCAUGAGCAUGUGAUUAAAAAGCUUCAGCUAAUGUGUUAUCAUAGAUUGGUAACUGUUGCGAUAGCAGACCAGUUUAUAAGGUCUUAGAUAUUAGUAUAUUAUAAGGCGGAUCAUUUUUAUUAUUGUUAAAUAAGUUUCCUAUUACCUUAAUCGACUAGUUUAUAUCAUGCGAAUUUUGGCAGUUCCUUAGCUUAAUACCAUGUCAGAAAAGCUUUAGAUUGAAUAUGUGAGAAGCUGUCUUAAUUUACUCUGUUUCUGGGGAUCUUGGUUCAAAGCUUAAAAAUGUAAAAGGCUGUCUUAAUUUACGCUCUCUCUCUCUCUGGGGAUCUUGACCCAUUUAUUUUGAGCACGAAAUGUGUAAAUAUUAUGCAAAACUCCACUACUUCCUCCGACUUCUAUGUCAUAAGUUAACCUUUGCAGAAAUACAAUCUGUGUAUUGUAUCAAUCUGUUAAGCUAUAUAUUUUUAAACUUGUGUGAAAUUCGAGACUCGGAUGUUAUCAUGACCUUAUUACCCUAGCUGGACCGAGAAUAGAGAGUACUUUUAUUAUUAUGCCUUUAAAUCCGAAAAAAUUCCAAUGGUGAAUUUGGAGAAUAAUGAAUAAAAUCAGUUACUUAUUUUUAUUGAGGUUAUGGUUUGCAUGCUCUAGUAAUUUUCGCUUAAAUUUAAAGAUUACUCUGUCCUUAUUUUUUAACGCUGAUAGUGUACUAUACACUUAAUAUCUUGCCAAACAAAAAGCAUCUGCAAAUCUGAUUAGAAUGCCGUGUCUGAGAGUGCUGUUUAGUUUUAUUCGUUCCAAAAUUAUUUUUAUUAAGUGUCAUUGGUAAACGAUAAUGUAAAAACUCCUGGCUCACCAAUAAAUUUCAGCUGCAUUCGAUUUGUAUUUGGCUGACAAACGCUUGCACUUCAAAAUGACUUGAAAAUAUUUUAUGUUACUUUUGUGAUAUGUCGACGGAGCUAUUACUAACAAAUUACUAAAUGUAUGGUUUGAAAAAAAUCGUUUCGACUGACCACAACCACUUUUCGUAUACAUUUUAUUCAUUCGAGUCAGCAUGUACUUCUAUUAGUUGAGGUUUAUUUCAGCGUUAGUGAGCGAAUAAUUAUACCCAGUUAGGUAUACUCGAUAUAUGACUAGAGCAGACAAGCUUUGUAUAUAGAUUAUAAAAAUUGUUUGAAAACUCGACCAUACGCAGUGGUCACAGCUCAAUGAAGAAUCUUAACAUUUAAGAGUACAACGGCAGCUUUAUCAUCGAAUCAAUACAAAAUUAUUUCCAAUCAUUUAGCUGGUACGCUGUUACGGUAAACGUUACGCGGUUUGAAAAAAGAGUGAGAGAAUUGAAAGGGUAAGGGCGAAGAAGACAAAAAUAAAAGCUGUCCUCUAAGAGUGUUUCUAGACAUACCUCUGCUUUUCGUAAUAACGCUAUAUUUCCAAAGUUAGGUGACAAGUAUCAACGUAACAUAACUAUAGAGAUUACGAGCUUAAUUACAAAAACACGUAAGGGCACAAACCGAAAAAUGACAAGUGAUCGAUG